AUGCACGAAUACCUGGUGAAAGUGCUCGAAGUAGACAACCAGGAGUGGAUUCUGCAGCAAGAAGUCAAGUUGAUGGUUAGUAUUAUCACCAACGCGAUCAAACCAGCACCACUCCAGGUGGCUGUGACAAAACAACUCCAGUUGCAGUGGAAUAUGGUUAUCAAGGCAGACGUAUUUCGCUAUGUGAAGUGGUUGAGACAAUUUGCAGUUAGUUACCAACUCGAUGGUGGCAUCGACGAAGAGAAGCAGCAGAAAUCGGUUGUGGAAGUUCUACCAAAAGAUUACAUGAAGCCGCGCUCGCGCCGUAAUCAAGAGCGCGGUGAAAAGAAACCAAAUGGCGCACAAGCAGCGCCUUCGGCAGACCGAGCGGAGAAGGUAGCGUCGCAGGAGCGAACGAAGGUCAAGUGUUUGAAGUAUCAAUCAAAUUCGCAUCGCGUGCGCAAUCAUCUGGGUCUCCGAGAGGCCCAGAUCAAGCAGUUGAUGGACGAGCACCAUCAAGCACGUCGUCGGAUGAUCGGAGUAUCGAGAGACACAACAACUAGCAGUAUGGAGUGCCGGGAGUCAAUCGAGGUUGUGCUACAGUAA